AUGCGGCGCAGUUUAGGACGUCGUGGUAACAAUAUGAACAGCAAUCACGGGCCUCUAAUGACGGAACAUUUGCAGGACAUUGAUUUGGAGCUUGAGCUCCUGAAACGCAAACGUGAAAUGAUUGAACAACAACAACAGUUGCUGGUAAUGGAGCAACAGUUCAAGUCUUCGAGACAUUCAUACGAUCAAAUGCGAUAUGAUGAACCCGAUCAGCAUGGUUCCAAUCGCGAUUAUAACCACAUGUAUGACUCCGGACCCAAACGCAAUCAGUUUGGCAGAAAACGCCAACCUGAACAUCAGUGGCAAUACGACGUUCCCCCUAAAAAACUAAAUCCAAAAAAGAAACCCCAAUUCAACCCAAACAAUAAUCCUGGACCUGCAAAUGUCCGCAACCAAAGGUCCAAUCCUGGUCCUCCAAACCAAGGUCCGAAGUACCCUUACGGCCAGCCAGCACCUCUUAUGGAUAUAAAGAUAAAGCAAUCUAUAGGCCAAAAGAUCGCGAACCAAAAAGUGACACAGCAAAAAAAGAAUUUUGUUCCAACUAAAGUAACAAAGUCCAAAGCGCCUGCUGCUCCCAAUAAGCUAGCGUCUCGCAGCAUCGCUGAACGUAAAAGUUUGGUAGCAGCUGCGACCGGGGCACCCUCAGGGGACAUGACGAACAUGUUGCUUCCUAAUAGCGUGCCGUCGCAGCAGGUGAGCGGGCGCUUGGAACUGGCUUUGGGUGCGAUCAUGAAAAACGUAAGGGCAAUGAUCGAUCGGAAACCUGAACACGCUGUCUUGCUACGCACUCUUCAAAUGCAGCGUGUUAUGAAACAAGCCGUGCGGGAACGUAUUCGUAACGUCAUGUUAGGAAAAGUAGUUGGCAGUUUAAUUGACAUACUUGCGAUUUAUCGAGAGGAGUUCCCAGAAGAAACUGAUCUUGAGAUCCUAAAUCUAGCUAUAGAAGCAGGAGGGGCCGUAGGGCAAGGGACUGAACAAAAACCGAAAUCUAAGUUUAUUGAAGCAGAUGAUCCAGGAGAAUUUUUCAAAAUCAAUAUGACUGCUCUAAUUGAAUCCAAAUUGAAUGAAAUGUUUUCUAAACUCGAAAACAUGGUGAAUGAAGAAACACCUGAAGCUGGUAAUGCUGAGAACUCUGAGAAUCCUGAGAAUAAAGAAAAUGGCAUCCAGUCUCAAAAACCUGAUGACACAGAUAAACCUGAACAGUCAGACGAUACUGAAAAGUCAGACAAGCCCGAGGAGUCUGACAAAACUGAGCAGUCCGACAAACUUGAGAAUGCAGACAAUCCUGAGAAAGCAGACAAAGCUGAGAAGUCGGACGAACCUGAGAAGUCGGAUGAACCUGAGAAGUCAGACAUACCUGAGAAGUCAGACCAAUCUGAGAAGUCAGACGAACCUGAAAAGUCAGACAAACCUGAGAAGUCCGAUAAAGCUGAGAAGUCAGAAAACCCUGACAAUCAGAUAGAUCUUGCUGAAAAAGCUAAUCAUACUGAGAAGGAUGAAGGACAAGAGUACAAAGACUUUUUGAACAUGAGUGUACAAGUGCACCAAGUAAGGAGGGUGCUACCUCGGCUAUUGAAACGGUUUACUCCGUACAUCAUCAAGCUCAUAAAUGUGGACGCCCUUUACCAAAGCACGAAGGCAGCAAUAAUAAUGAAAGCAAAUGAGAAGGCAGCCAAGCUUACUGGCACUAAACUGUCAGAUAUUCCAGAACCUGUCAGCAAAAGUGAUUCUGAUGCCAAAGUACCUGUUGAGCAGAGUGCAGAGGGUGAAAACCGUACAACGUACAACUUGCCUUAUUAUGUGAAGAUAAUGGGCCGUCCAUCGCUACCAAAGAGAAGGACGAUGCAAGGGUUCUUGAAUAAGUUCAACCCAAAAUCUAUUAAGAAACAUAGGACCAUCCACAACUUGCUGUUUGUUGGCUUUUCUGAAAAAGCUGACUUUGACGCCAUGGUAGCUGCCGACGGCACAGUCAUGGGACGCUCCACACUUAGCGUGAGAAUCUGCUCCAAAGAUAAUCAAAAUUCUACUGGUGACCAAAAUGGUGAAAAUAAUGACAAUAUGAAUGAUACAGAUGUCAGCAUGGCUGAAGUUAAGACCGAAGAUAACUCGGCUGAUGACAUAAAUAUCCCCUCUGAUUUGGACAACCAGAUCACAGAUCUGUUGUCUACAAUCAGGAAAGCUGAGGAAGAUAAUGAAAACAACACGAGCAACACUGACGCUGAGCUGAAAAAUGAUGCCCAACAAGAUGAAAAUGAUGACAAUAAAGUACAGGAGGAACGGGUGUCUGAUGAAAAUAAUGAUGAACAAGAAGGGCAAGUUUCUGAUGAUGCUCCGAAGCAGGAUACAGAAACAAAUAAUGAAUCAGAAACACAAGACUCAGUAGAAAACGCUGAUGAAACAGAAGUUUCACAACCUGAAGAUUCAACUGAAGGAAAUGGUGAAAAUUCCAAGGGUGCCAAGAAUGGGAAUUCCGAACCAGUUAAGAAAAUGGAAGUUGAGGAUGAUAAACUUGGAGAGUUGAAAGGAGCUGCGACUGGGAGGUCCACCCCGACGCGGACGUCUGCUCGACUGGCUAAUGUCACGCCCAGCACCAUUCGUACCCGACGAGCGAGCCGACUCACACAGAAUUAG